AUGUCCUAUUUCCCUCCCCGUUCCUCCUCGUUCUGUUUUUUUUCCCGUCUCGUAUUGCCCCAUCCCUUUCUUCCCGUCUCGUUCUGCCUUGUCGGGUAUAAUUUUGGCCUCGUUAUUCUGUCGUCUUUCUCGUCGUUCUUGAUGGUGGUUGUUGUUGGGCGGUGGCUGUUAUUGGUGUGGGAUCUCGUGGUGACGACCGGCGGAUCUAUGCUCAUGUUAAGCCUCUGGUGUGGCUCCGUCAGCAGCUCCCAUUUCUGUUUUUGGCUUAUUGCAGGUUUUAGAGUGGCUCAAUUGCUUGAUAGGAGACGGCUAUGUUCAGCUCUUGGAGUGAACCGAUGUAGAAUAGAGGCGGCGGUUCAGCUAUCAGCCUUUAUUGUGAUCUGUAGAGAUGUUUCUUGUAGUUUGCAGGAAUGGCGGUCAGAGGUCAGAGGCGGCGGCGGCUUCUCUGGCAGCUCGAAGAGGCUCCCGUGCUGCCGGAUUAGAGUUUUGCGUUGA